CGCGCGUCUCUCGCGAUCGUCGGACCGCGCGUACGCAAAACGGGGAGGUUCUCGUUGUCGUCAUCGUCGUCGCGCGCGAAUGUCUGGCGUGGUGGAUCUCGUACAAGCCGGUCGAAAAAAAAUCGCGUGAUCUAAUGCGCCGGAAGUAGGCUCGAUGCUCCCCUGCGAGUGGAUCAGAGCGCGGAGACCUCGAGGGUACCACGACACGUCGCGGGAUGUUUUUGAUCAUUCGACGAUCGGAUCGGUCGGCUCUCGCGAUCUCGAAAUUCUUUGGGGAGCUGGACGGUGAUCGGUGAACGCGGAACUUGAAGAGAGUUCGUCGCACGAUUGAAUGACGCAGUGUUUCUAGCGAGAGAGGAUUUUAACGUCAAAGAAGAUGCACUGAUUAUGCGACUCGGAAAACUGAGCGAUCUUUUAACAGAUAAAAUCAAUGAGUCAAUGUACAUCGUGAACGUGAAGCGCAGAAGAAGCACAUUCUUGAAUCUCUACCUCCUUUAAGCACUGACGCGAAUAACAAUGAAGUGACCAAGAUGAUGCGAUUCUUAUAGACGUGAUAACAAAGAAUACAUGGGUGAUUUUAAAAUCGGAAAGAAUAAAGUUCGAUCGUGUGAGAAUACAGGGAAAAUCGCGAUGACUCUAUGAAGAAAGUGCCGGGAUGGUAGAGCAUAUCAAAGAUUAAAGGAGACACGUCGAAAUGUCGAAGGCGUCGCGGUUUGUUCUUAACCGAGUCGAGUGAAAGAACGAAAGAAGAGUUUUGUCUUUCCAAAGAAUCGUUGACGGCAAUCAUGUUGUGCGGGACGAGUCUCGUGAGAUGUAUCGAUAUCUCCUACGUCGCAUAGACAAACAUCGAACCCGCACGGAAGAUGACGGCCAUCUAAGAAUCCCCUCCGAUGUGCUACGAGUUUCUGAGGAUGUGCAGUUUGGUGUUAAAGUGUCGGUGAAACCGGAGCAACUUCGCGAACCUAUGAUUCCCUUUCCUUUCCUCCGUCGCACUUUGUCUCACGGAAAAUCCGCACGAACGAUGUCAUAGUCGUCCAAGUGCGAAUCAUCUUCACAUUGGACACAAUGGCACUGUUGUUCGUCAUAAUCGUCAUUUCGAUCACCACUGCCAUGUCGCUGCCGCCGGUCAUUAGAAUCGGAGCGAUCUUUACCGAGGACCAGAAGGAUAGCCCGUCGGAGUUGGCCUUCAAAUACGCCAUUUACAAAAUCAACAAGGAUAAGGCUCUUUUGGCGAACACGACAUUGGUUUACGAUAUCCAAUAUGUGCCUAAAGACGAUUCGUUCCGCACGUCUAAGAAAGCCUGCAAGCAAUUAUCCAGAUCGGUACAAGGCAUCUUCGGGCCAUCUGACCCACUUUUAGGUGCUCACAUACAAAGUAUAUGUGAAGCACUGGACGUUCCUCAUCUUGAAGCGCGGGUCGAUUUCGAGCCCACUUUCAAGGAGUUCAGCAUUAAUUUAUAUCCCGCACAAGAUCAUCUUAACAAAGCGUUCAAGGACCUUAUUUCCUUUCUAAACUGGACCAGAGUGGCUAUUAUCUAUGAAGAGGAUUAUGGGCUAUUCAAACUCCAGGAUCUCGUAAAAUCCCCGCCAUCCGUGAGAACUGAAAUGUACAUUCGUCAGGCGGGUCCUACAUCCUACAGGCAGGGCCUGCGGGAGGUCAGGCACAAAGAAAUCUUCAAACUGAUUGUCGACACAGAUCCGGCGCACAUGCAGCAAUUCUUCCGAGCGAUAUUGCAACUGCAAAUGAAUGACUACAGAUACCACUACAUGUUCACAACUUUCGAUAUAGAAACAUUUGAUCUAGAAGAUUUCAAAUAUAAUAGCGUGAACAUGACGGCCUUUCGCUUGGUGGAUCUCGAAGAGCCCAAGGUUGCAGAAGUACUCAAGCAGAUGGAACGUUUCCAACCAACGAUUGGACAUGCCAUUCUGAACAAAACGGGAGUCAUUCAGGCAGAACCAGCUUUGGUGUACGAUAGCGUGCAGGUUUUCGCGCACGGUUUGGCAGCUCUGGACCGUAGUCACGAUUUAAGACCAGCAAAUCUGUCCUGCGAAAAAGAGGAACCGUGGGACGACGGUUUAUCACUCUACAACUAUAUUAAUGCCGCAGGCUUACAAGGAUUAACCGGACAUAUUGAAUUCAAUGAAGGGAAGAGAAACAAUUUCAAGCUGGACCUCUUGAAACUGAAAAAAGAGGAGCUCGUUAAAGUCGGCGAAUGGAAAUCCGGGUCUGGCAUCAACGUCACGGAUCUAGACGCCUUUUACGAGACCACGACGACCAACAUUACGCUCGUGGUGAUGACGAGAGAGGAAAGACCCUACGUCAUGGUAAAAGAAGACAAGAAUUUGACUGGUAACGCGAGGUUCGAGGGCUUCUGCAUCGAUUUGCUCAAGUGGAUCGCCGGCCAAGUCGGUUUCCAAUACGCAAUCAAAUUGGUGCCCGAUCACAUGUACGGGGUGUACGAUCCCGAGACGAAAGAAUGGAACGGAAUCGUGCGCGAACUCAAGGACAAGAGAGCGGAUCUAGCGGUUGCCUCCAUGACGAUUAAUUAUGCUAGGGAAAGUGUAAUAGACUUCACAAAGCCGUUUAUGAAUCUCGGAAUUGGAAUUUUAUUUAAGGUGCCGUCCAGUCAGCCGACACGGCUUUUCUCCUUCAUGAAUCCGCUGGCGGUCGAGAUCUGGCUCUACGUGCUCGCCGCCUACAUGCUGGUGAGCUUCACCCUCUUCGUGAUGGCGCGCUUCAGCCCGUACGAGUGGAACAAUCCGCAUCCGUGUCUAGCCGAGAGCGACGUGGUCGAGAACCAGUUUACCGUCAGCAACAGUUUCUGGUUCAUCACUGGCACCUUCCUCAGACAGGGCAGCGGGCUCAACCCUAAGGCAACCAGUACAAGAAUAGUAGGCGGCAUUUGGUGGUUCUUCACGUUAAUCAUCAUCUCCUCUUAUACUGCGAAUUUGGCCGCUUUCCUAACGGUGGAGAGGAUGAUAACGCCGAUCGAGAAUGUAGCUGAUCUCGCGGAACAAACCGAGAUAUCUUACGGCACUUUAGAGGGUGGAAGUACGAAGACGUUCUUCAGAGAUUCAAAAAUUGGAAUCUACCAAAAAAUGUGGAGAUUUAUGGAAUCGAAGAGCCCGUCUGUGUUCGUUCAAACCUAUGAGGAAGGAGUGAAGAGGGUUCUGGAAGGCGACUAUGCAUUUUUAAUGGAGUCGACUAUGCUCGAUUACGCAGUUCAACGCGAUUGCAAUCUGACACAAAUAGGGGGCUUGUUAGACAGCAAAGGAUAUGGAAUUGCUACUCCAAAAGGUUCGCCCUGGAGGGAUAAAAUAUCUCUAGUUAUUCUGGAGCUGCAGGAAAAAGGUGUAAUACAGAUCCUCUAUGAUAAAUGGUGGAAAAAUACGGGCGAUGUGUGCAACAGAGACGACAAGAAUAAGGAGAGCAAAGCCAAUGCCCUCGGAGUUGAAAAUAUUGGUGGUGUCUUCGUCGUGCUGCUCUGCGGCCUGGCGCUAGCGAUCCUGGUGGCGAUCCUCGAGUUCUGCUGGAAUUCCAAGAAGAAUGCCCAAUCGGACAGGUCACUCUGCGCCGAGAUGGCCUCGGAAUUGCGAUUCGCCGUCCGCUGCGGCUCCCGGCAGAGGCCCGCCGCGAAAUCGCGCAAUUCCGCGGCCACCGGGCUGUGCGGCCGUUGCAGCCCGCGCUCCUCCAGGAGAAGGACGCGCCUCUGCUCCUCCGAACACGAGGAGACGACCUACAUACCGAGCAUCGAGAUCCCGCGAUUAAAUGCAGGAGGGUGGUGCGUUGUCGAUGACGGAGAUGAAGAAAUCAUUGAGCUUCGAUCAAAUGUCCCAUGGCGGGAACACCUAGCACAGGCCUCGUCCUCAUCUUCGUCCUCAACAGCAGCAGCAACAGCAGCAGCAAUCGCAACAACAGCAACCGCCACCGUGCAAAGCCACCCCCACGCACACACGUCACACGCACUGCCACUCACAUUCACAUCUUCACAGCCACCACUCGCACAAACACCAAGCACCUCCGCCGAGACAGAGACGGGGCUCUUCGGGCAUCAUCUUGGGUCAAGGAGGUGACCAUCCUGAGAAUAUUCUCUGGAGAUUCGACUGCGACCUUGCGGGUGAACCGGACGUAGUAAUUUCCCCGCCGCCUCCUCC